GCGCUGACCCCGGGGCCGAACCAGUGACCCCGGCCAAGCGCAGCCCCCGGGGUCAGGCACCUGCUGCCCGGACAGCACGUGGGUGCCCAGCAAUGACACCAGCCCCGCCCCCGCCCGGCUGAGACUCCGCCCCUUUCCCGCAUGGCCACGCCCCCUUAGCCCUGAGUGUGGCCAGCUCUGGGGUUGCCACAGACGUGCCGCAGCCUUCGCCCCGCGAGUGCUCCCCGACCCCCGCUGCCGCUGCCAUGGUCUCGGCUCCGCGCUGCCCGCCCGGCGCCCGGGGGCUCCUGGCGCUGCUGCUGCUGCUGCUGCUGCCCCUGCCCGGGGCUCGCGGCCAGUGUGGUUCUCCUCCAAGGCUCAGUUUUGCUGAGGUAACCGGGAAAAAGUGGAGUCGCUAUCUUGUUGGAUACACUCUGAGCUACUCCUGUCGCCCAGGAUACACUUUGGACCCUCGAAAGUCUCCUGUAGUUAUAUGUGAUGCAGAUUCAACAUGGUCAUUCGACCCUGAGUUUUGUGUAGGAAGACCAUGUAAACCACUAGAACUAGAAAAUGGCAGAGUGGAUUUAACCAGUUUCCGGCUUGGUGAAACAGCAAACUUCUCCUGUAAUGAAGGUUACAAAUUAAUUGGACCGACUUCUGCCCAAUGUGUACUUGUGAGAAAUGGAGUUGAUUGGGAUAAGGAGGUUCCACUUUGCGAAGCAAUAUCUUGUCGUCCACCUCCUGAUAUCACCCAUGGAUCCCAUAAUGCUCUGAUUGGAGAAGAGUUUUUCUUUGGCUUAAAAGUAACUUACAAAUGUGACCCGGGCUUCUCUCUUAUUGGAGAGGCCUCCAUUCAUUGUACAACGAAAGAUAAUGUCAAUGGAGAGUGGAGUGGUCCUGCCCCUGAAUGCAAAGGGAAAUCGUGUGGUGUUCCAAAAGGACCAGAGCAUGGCAGAGCUGUUGAUACAACAAAUGACCGGUUUGGUGCAAGAGUAAACAUCAUUUGUGAUGACGGGUUCAGAUUACGUGGGCGGCCUUUCAUCCAAUGUAUGCUGAAGGGAGAUCAAGUUGAAUGGAGUCAACUUCCAACUUGUGAAGUCAUAAUUACCCAGGACAAACCCACGACUGUCCCUCCCGAAGGAACAGAAGUAGCUGGUACUUCCUCAGUCAUAAUUACCCAGGACAAACCCACAACUGUCCCUCUCAAAGGAGCAGAGGUAGCUGGUACUUCCUCAGAUUCCGCACUGAACACAAUUGGCAACUCUACUGAGUUGGAAGACAUAAUUACCCAGGACAAACCCACAACUGUCCCUCCUAAAGGAACAGAAGUAGCUGGUACUUCCUCAGUCAUAAUUACCCAGGACAAACCCACAACUGUCCCUCUCAAAGGAACAGAAGUAGCUGGUACUUCCUCAGACAUAAUUACCCAGGACAAACCCACAACUGUCCCCCCCAAAGGAGGAGAAGUAGCUGGUACUUCCUCAGGUUCUGCACUGAACACAGCUGGCAACUCUACUGUACCUGAAGGGGAAGGGCCUGGCAUUGAUACACCCUUUGGCAUCGCCGGCAUCGGCCUUAGCAUCGCCGGCAUCGCCAUCAUCGCCGGCAUCGCCAUCAUCGCCAUCAUCGCCGGCAUCGCCAUCAUCGUCUGCAUCGCCAUUUGUGGAAUAGUUGCAGUUUUGAUCAUACAAUACCAAAAGAAAAAAAGUUCUUACAAUGUAAAUCCGGAUUCCUCAAAGCAUCAAAUUACAACAACACGAUUUCAAGGUUCUUAUACCCUGCUUAUCAACGUCAUAUCUGAGCACCUUCCGCUAGCACAUUAAGCAUCGUGACUAACAUUUGUCAUGUGGUGUUUAUUCUCUGAUCCUCUCCCCGAGGGGAGAAAGGAGUCCAGUGGACUGUCUUUUGUUGGAUACAUGACUGAUGCUGGCUGAUGGCUCUGGUUUACACAUUAACAGACAUUGGAAGAAAAUCAUGGAAAAGUUAGGAAAUAAAUGUCCUACAUUUGUACUGAAAUUUCUUUAGUGAAAAUAAAACCCUUCUCAGGUAACUUUCA